AAAUAAACUGUAAUUACAAAUAAUUUAUUUUUUGUUAUCAUAAUAAUACCUACUUAAAAUGAAUAUAAAAUAUAUUUUUCAAGCAAAAACAAAUUUUAAAUUUAUCUUCUAAUUUAAUUAAAGAAACAUCCUCUCUUACGCUCUCGUAAAAUCCUCUCCACUGCUUAAAAAAUACAUGGUGUAAGAACUUAUUCCAACACCAUUAACAAAAAAAAAAUGAUAAUAAUAUUCAAACAUAAAAAUUUAAUUAAAAAUUAAAAAUGAGUGCUUCCGAAGGUUAGUAUCUCUUUAAAUCAAUUUUUUUCCAGUUAAUUAUAUAUUAUAUUAUGUUAUCAAAAUGCCGUAUUGAAAAUUUCCAACAAAAAAAAAUGUUUUAAAUCCGAGCUCUACAACUGGCUAUUGCCUCAGCGCAGUCAUAGUCCUGCCUACUCGAUGGAUAACUACCUAUUAAUUAUUAUAAGGAACUGAAUGGUCGAGGUAGACGCGCGUUUUCUUUCGUUCUUUGCCGUUUCACAAAUCGUUUAUCGUAUGGUUAGAUGGAUUAUGAGUGUCAAGAUAUUAAAAUAUCUUUCAUCGAGGUAUUCACAUUAAACUAAACGUUGCGAACAAUGCGAACACCGAACGCUCUAAAAACGUAAUAAGGUGCCUUGGGAAACCGUUGCCAACGUCGGGACAGACACCGUCGCUUACGCGCGCGCGCUCGCGCCCGACCCCAACAUCCGUUCGGUCGCACGAAUCCAUUAUGGCGUAUUACGCACACACGACGGGCUGCCGCCGAUUUCCGCGUGCAUGGUGAAACAGCGAACCUGGCUCGCGUAAAGCCGUAAAGCAGCGAACCUGGUGUGGUCGAGAUCGCGCGCGCGCUUGUGUGUCGAGUUCGGUGCUCGUUUUGUGUUUUUUCCACACAUUUCCCUCUCCCGUCCUGUCCCCUCUUCAAACCAUCACCGCGUUACGCACACGCACACGCACACAACACACGCGCUCGCGCGUAUUUUCAUCGUACGGGUUCCGAAUCGGUUUAAGGUGUGCGUGUUGCGAGUGCGCGCGCGCCGCGCGUGUGUGUGUGUACGUGUGCGUGAGCUGGUGCCCGUGUGAGAGUAGUCCGCGUGCGUGCGCGUGUGUACGUGUUGUGUUGCCCAAACGGACGAAAAUAAUAAUAUCGCCGUGUAGAUCUGCCGCUGUGGUGGUGUCGUAGUAGUCGAAAAAGAAACGCGUCCGUCUCGCCGUCCGCGCACCACACCGGGCGUUUUCGAAAACGGGUCCGGGCAUCGCAACACCGACGAUAACACCACCGACGUUUAAUAACUAAACAUUGAUAUUAUUAUUAUUAUUAUUACUUUUAUAUAUAUUAAUACUUUAAUCGAGCCGACCAGCAGCAGUGCAGUGUAUACACGUCGUGUGUGAUAAUAACAAUAUCAUUGUGUGUUUGUGUGUGUGUAUAUAUAUAUAUAUAUAUAUACAUAUAUAUAAUAAUAAUAUAUACCGUAGGAUAAUAAUAAUAGUGUUAAUAAUCACAAUAAUAAUAUUAAAUUAUCAUCUUGUUUGUAUAUUAUGCCGCCUCCGUCGUACGCGCAAUAAUUAAAUAUCCGAUUUAAUAUAAUUUUGUCGUCUUGAUAUUAGAUUUUUUUGAUAAUAUUCUUUGCUGUUCGUGAACAACGACCGCGACCGACCGACCGAGAACCGUUGUGUGUACGUCGCUAUCGGCGCCGUCGUCGAAUUUUUCCACUCGUCGCGAUGCCGCGGAUCCAGUAGAACGGCGCAUCGGACGCACAGAUCCACCGCAGUACAACAGUAUCCGGCGUACCGAGUUUCGCGUUUUGGACAGAUCGUCGUCACUCGUCACUCCCCGGCGCGGUGCACCCGUACCUAUAUCAUUAUCAGUAUCACCGUCGUCAUCGUCAUCAUCAUCACUACCUCCGCCGACGACGUCCGAUCCCGGCGCCCCGCCGCCCGUCCGUGAAAACGUGUGAAAGACCAAAGGCCGCGGCGCGCACCAACCGCCGCCACUACACGUCGUCAUGUCCGUCAGCCAACAGUUUUGCCUGCGAUGGAACAACCACCAAAGGACGCUGAUUUCGGUGUUCGACAGUCUCCUAGAAAGCGGUACGCUCGUGGAUUGCACGCUGGCCGCCGAGGGACGAUAUCUAAAAGCUCACAAAGUCGUCUUGUCCGCCUGCAGUCCGUACUUGGGGGUGUUAUUAAGUCAACAUCAAGAGAAACAUCCAAUCUUAAUUUUGAAAGAUAUCAAGUUUCAAGAAUUAAAGUCAAUGUUAGAUUAUAUGUACCGAGGUGAAGUUAAUAUUUCUCAAGAAGAACUUGGUACUUUUUUGAAAGCUGCUGAAUCUCUUCAAAUCAAAGGUUUGACAGAAAGUGCUGGUAUUGGAGUUAGAGAUAAUACUGAUUUUGAAGACCAAGUAUCUAAACGUUUUGACCAUAGAAAACAACCACCUUCUUUAUCGUCAGUUAGUUCUAACUCACCUACCAUUUGGAGCCAAAAUGACACUGUACGUACAUAUUCAAGACCAAGAGAGGGUAGUUUAUCUCCAACCAGCAAGAAGCGAAAAUUACAACGAACAAAUGGAUCAGAUGAUCAUCAUCCUGAUAAUGGUGAUGAUAGUAUGACUGAAUCUGAACCUCAGGGGGUAGAAAAAUCGCCUACUAAUAAUAAUAACAUCCCUUCUUCAGUCAAUAAGGUUAUCAAAGCAGAACCUUACCGUAAAUCAUGUUCACCAGACAAAGAAGUGUUAAAGACAACUGAAAAUCAGAUAAUUAAACCAAAAGUAGAAUCAAUUUCUGGUGACCAACAAGAAUGCUUAACAGAAAUGUCAUAUGACGAUAGUGUAGAAGAUAUGGCUUUAGAAGAGGAAGAAGAAGAAUUUGACGAAAAUGAAUUAUCACAGCCCGGAACUUCACAAGGGGACACCAAUCACACCGCAGUGCCUCAAACAAAUUCAUGGCAAUUAGAUACAACUAAUCAAGAUAGCACCAGUACUGUUAAUACACCAAUGGACUGUAAAGAUCCGGACCUUCUGGCCGAGAAGUUUGAGUGCAAGCUCUGUGGCAAAGUGUAUCAAUGGAAGCAGAGCUUGAAAAGACACAUUCGGGAGGACCGUUGUGACAAGGGUCCGCAACACGCGUGUCCCCGCUGCGGGAUGAGCUUCAAGCACACAAGCCGUCUGAACAAACACGUCAUACUAUGUCCGCAUAUCGUAUUCGACGACAGUCCGUCGUCCUCGGCGUCCACGUCUGCGGCCACGUCCACCGUUCAACGCAUACUCAAACUGCCACCGCCGUGUCCGGACGCCUUGCCCAUUACCGCCGUCACCACAUCCACCACCCCGACGUCGUCACCGUCCCAGACGAUAUUGGUGUUGCACUUGAAAAACCAGAGUUUGGCCCAAAAUUGGAAUUCUAAAAUCCAGAAACUAGGAAACUAAAAAUUAAAACAUAUUUCAUGUUUAAAGUUAUUCAUUCAUGUGUGCGCGCGUGUGUGUGUGACCCAAAUUUGUGUAUUUAAUUCGAGAGGGUUUUUUUGACCUUUUAAUCAUAUAUUAGUAUUAUUAUUAUAUUAGGUAUAUUAUUGAUCACUCUGGUUAUUAUAAUAUUGAAAGUCUUACUUACAUCUUUAAAGUCCCAUUUAUUAUUAUGAAUAAUAUGAUAUAUGAAGAGCGAACUCGCUUAAAGAUAAAAAAACUAUUUAUAUCAUACACAGCAUAAUUAUUACAUAAUUCAAUUUUAUUAUUAUAUAUCAUAUGUAUUAUUUUACUAGUCAAAUAUGGAACAACGCAAUCUAGUCUAUUUUUUGUUUUUCGUGCAAUUUAUAUUCGUGCAAAUCAUAUUUUAUUUUUUAUUAUUCGUAGUGUGUGUGUGUUUAACGAAUAUCGGUUUUUAUUUUUUAUUUUAUUUAGUUUUAUUUUAUAGGUACUCGGGUUAUUGUACCGCGGAAUGUUUCUAUACAUCGAAUACAUUAGUCAUUAGUUAGUAAGGUUGAAUGUAAGACUAAAGUUCUCUCCUAUCAACAAAAUAAUAUACGGUAAAGAGCGAUAUCUUUCUAUUUAUAUCAAUAUUUUUAUUAUAUUUGUCUAAUUUGAAAUGUGUCUAGUCAAAAAUAGUUGUUUAUUUUAAUUUUACAUUAAUAUUAUUCGUGUACAUAAUAUGAUAUUUUUUUUUUCAAAAAAUACAAAAAAACAUUUGCCAAACGUAUAUAAACCUAUUUUAUUGAUAGUUGAAACUUUUAACUAUUACAAUAGGUAUAGUCGACAGUUGAACAAUAUUGUAUUAGACAUAAUUUAAGUGCGGUGAAACACAAUUGCGUCCAUCCUACCUUUUUACAUGUGAAAAACGCAACACUAUUACACUCUGGUUAAUUUGUACGAUUGAGUCCGUUUUUAUCUUUUUACUAGUGAAAAUAUACCACGAUUGCUCUUGAGCCUAUAAUAUAGGCAUUGCAGCCCUUCUAACAAUUUUCCAAUACAAAAUAUACUAUUUAAAAAUCGUUAUAUUUAUUAUAGGCUCGAGUGCAAUCGUGGUGUCUUUUUACAGGUAAAACGGGCUCAAUCGUACUAAUUACUAGAGCACAAUCGUUUUGUGUUUUUUGUAUGUAAAAAAGUAGCACCUCAAUCGUGUUAUAGCCAUUAAGUGACGAUAUUUUGUUGAAAGGUUCGUACAGCACAAUAUUAAAUAUAGUGGGUUCGAUUAAAUGCUUUCAAUUGCAUUUUAUGUUACCAAACAUGCCGAUUGAAAUUGGAUCACAAUAUUUUUAUUGGAUCUAAUAGGUAUAUACCAAAAUCCGAUACGAAUUUACUUUUUAAGAUAAUUGUCACAUAAUUGUAAAUUGUAUUUUAAUUUUUGUUUUUCUAUUCUAAUUUUCAAAAACGCACAAAACACAAAUAUAUACUGUGGAAAAAAAUAAUUUUAAGUUUAUAAACAAUACUUUGUGGCCGUGUGUAAAUAUACGAUCAAUAUACGUAAUUUAACAACGAUCCUUAAAAAUGUUUUGAUAAAAGAAGUCUUAGGUUAUUUGGGUAUUGCAAAUAAAAUUGUUCGUGUAUAUCAUCGUGAUAUACUGUAAUUUAACCUAUAGGUACCUAUUACCGCGUGUUCUUAAGUACCUAGAUAAUAUGAUAUGAUUUAGCAGUAAGAAACCUAUAUAGCCUAUAAUAUCGUUAUAUUUCCAACUAAUUCGAGACAAAAAUGUUCGACGUCGAUCAUAAAUCAAAAUUCAUAAUAUAUACUCAAAACUUGACUCAAUAUUCUUUAAAUAGUAAUGUAUGCUUGAUUUCAAAAAUCAAAACAUUGUGAGUGUGACAAAUAUUUAGAUAUUAUAUGCAUACCACAAUUCAGUACCUAACGCUUUUCGGAUCGAUUGUCGGAAGUGGGACCACCCACCUGUAUUGGGCAAAUACCUUCCGCGCGCGUUGGUAAAAAAUAAAAUGAAUCGUUUACUUUUGGGCCAUCUAAUUCACUUAUAAAUCUGUUAAUCUGUUUUAACGCCUCGAUUUUCGCCACUGAUUUUGUUACAAGUCUUGACACGAACAAACGCAUUUCCAAACUUAAUCAUGCACUUGUCACAUCGACUAGUCGUCAUUUUUGAUUUUGAUGGCAAAUAAAAUACCCUCUCAUAUUUUUCACAUUUCUUUUUUUACUAUUAAAAACAACCACAACAUAAUACUACACAGUAAUAAAAUUAAUACUUAAUAGUUUUAUACGUAUAUGUGACACUGGCACACAACUGUUGUAAUGAAAAAUUUGUAUGUAAAGGAUAUUUUUUUGUUUUUACAACUAACCCAUAUUGUGGAUAAAGUAUAGUCAUUUAUUUAUAUUUGUAUUAUUAUUAUUAUUAUUUUUUUUUUAAUUUUAAUUAUUAUUUAGUGCAAUGAAAUUGAGUUCCUUGAUUAGUCAUGACCUUUAUAUAGAAAUCUUAAAAAAAAUACUACUUAUAUAAUUAUGUAAGUGUAAUACCUCUACUUAACGUGGUGGUCUAUGAAUCUAGUCAGGUACGAGCACAAAAAAUAUUAAUAUUACUACUCGUGUAUUAUUACAAUGUAUAUGAUGUGUAUUUAUAAAAAUUAUAUAUGAAUGAUUAACAAG